AUGGCACGCGUGUACGCGGAGCUGCGCAGCCACACCACGACUUCGGCGGAUUCGACUCUUGUGGUUCGCCGGAACUGCCUCGUGCAUGUUCUUCACCCUUCUCCAGGCACCGCGAACUUGACCGCGCCCGUGGUCCACGCACAGCUCUCUGCGUGGUGGCGACAGAAAUUCCGCUUCCCUCUUGAGCUGGAUGGAGAGAACUUGUCAAGGACGGUCAACUUAACGGACACGGUGUUCCACGAUUUGGUCUCCUUGCGUCUCUCCGCGGCGGUGACACAGCUCUAUCUCUCCCUCAACGUCCUCGCGGGGCUUGAGGAACUGGACGUGCACAGCAGCAUCUUGAGAGACUUACACAGACACAGGAACGACUUCAAGGCGCUGCAGGCGCUGAUGGUUCACAACUUCUCAGGGGAGGACUUUGAUUUCGCGUCUCAAAUUGCCUCCGUGACGGAUGUCCGGCUAUCCGGUGGUGAUAUCGCAUCGCUGGACAUGCGGCAGUUUGCCGCCGCUGCCACGUUGGAGCGUUUGGCGGUGGAGAGCCACGCGCUGACCAAUCUCGUUGGUCUGGAGCGCUGCGCUGCCUUUGAGGCGCUCGCUUUUGUUGGCUGCCACGCUCUCUUCGACCUUUCCGCAGUUGCGCAUCUACCCCAGCUGAGGUCGUUUAACGCGAGCGGGAGUGACGCGACCUGCUUUACUUGGCUUUCGGAGUGCCACCAGUUGGAGGAGCUGAAACUCGCCUCCACCGCCUUCACCAACUUGUUUUAUCUGCGUGACUUAACGCUCCUGAAAGUACUCGAUAUCAGCGAUGGGGAUGUGCGCUCCAUCAGCGAGCUGAGCAACUGUGUCGCGUUGGAGAAGCUUGACAUUUCCUAUUGCCUCGAUAUUACCGACAUCGCGUCGCUGUCGCAGCUUCCAUUUCUGAGCGAGGUAAAAGCCCAUCACUGUGGUGUACGUGAUGUUGGCGGGAGAGGCGGCUGGCGUGCCCUCGAGAUGAUGUGCGUCGCCGACUGCAAGGAGUUGCAUUCGCUGGGCGGGUUGGAGGGGGCACCGCAGCUGAAGAUCAUCGAUGCGCGGUGCAGCACCGUCGAGGACAUCAGCGGCCUGUCACGCUGCCCUCUGCUGGAAGCCGUCAACUUCGUUCGUUGCGUCCGUUUACGCAGUUUGGCCCCACUCGCCGGCGCCCCGCGUCUGCGCAUCGUCGCCGCAGGUGGGAGCGGCGUCAGCGACGUGAGUGGCCUCGGCCGGUGCCCGGAGCUGCGCGCGGUGAAUUUUCUCCACUGCACGUCGCUCCACGACAUCUCUCCGCUGGCUGGCGCGCCGCAGCUCACACGCAUGAUUGCGUGCGAAUCAACUGUGCGCAACAUCAACGGCCUGAACUCGUGCGCGAUGCUCGCCGUUGUCGAUUUUGACUGCUGCAAGAAUUUGGAGAGCUUGUCGCCCCUGGCUGGUGCGCCACGGCUGCACACCAUCAUCGCAUCCCACAGCGGGGUGCAGACGAUAGCUGGUCUCCACACGUGUUCGGCUCUGCGAACGGUGGAGCUCCUGCUGUGUCACGAACUCCAGGAGGGGGUGAAGACGGAAUUUAAGGGGCACGAACGUUCCCCGCUAACGUUGCUGUAG